ACACACACAUGCAGAUGGAUCAGAUCGAGUUCAUGCGUCUGAGUUCUUCAGUACAGAUGAACCACAGUCACCCGAGGACUCCUCACUCCCAUCCAUCCAUGCUAACACACCUCCACUCAUCCGUCAUAAGUGGCCUGGCAUCACCCUACUCCAUCACCACCUCAUCACCCUACUCCAUCACCUCCUCAUCACUGGGCUCCAUCACCUCCUCCGUGCACCCUACACCAGACAUGGGCUUCAGUCCUCAGCUAAACACACUGGGCACCACAGUGGAUGUUAAACCUCACGAGCAGAUGAAUCAGAGCUACUGCUGUAUCAGUCCUGGUUCUCUGUCCAAACAUCUCUGUUCCAUCUGUGGAGAUCGAUCAUCAGGGAAACAUUACGGAGUGUACAGCUGUGAGGGGUGUAAAGGUUUCUUCAAGAGGACGGUGAGGAAGGACCUGACGUACACGUGCCGCGACAGUAAGGAGUGUCUGAUAGAUAAACGUCAGAGGAACCGCUGCCAGUACUGCCGUUAUCAGAAAUGCCUGGCAACGGGCAUGAAGAGGGAAGCUGUGCAGGAGGAGCGGCAGCGCGGCCGAGAUAAAAACGAUAACGAGGUUGAUUCCAGCGGCACUCUGAAUGAAGACAUCAUGCCGGUGGAGAAGAUUCUACACGCUGAAUUAGCAGUGGAGCCCAAAACUGAAGCGGACAUCCAGACUAGCGCCGAUAACAUAAACAACGACCCCGUCACCAACAUCUGUCAGGCGGCGGAUAAGCAGCUGUUUACGCUGGUGGAGUGGGCAAAGCGCAUCCCACACUUCUCACAGCUACCUCUAGAUGACCAGGUCAUCCUUCUGAGAGCGGGCUGGAACGAGCUCCUCAUCGCAUCGUUCUCUCAUCGCUCGGUGUCGGUGAACGACGGCAUCGUGUUGGGUUCCGGUCUGCAUGUCCAUCGCAGCAGCGCCCACACUGCAGGAGUGGGAUCUAUAUUCGACAGGGUUUUAUCUGAGCUGGUAUCUAAGAUGAAGGACAUGCAGAUGGACCGGACAGAGCUUGGCUGUCUCAGAGCCAUCGUUUUAUUUAACCCAGUAGAUGCUAAAGGAUUAUCCAGCGUGUGUAAGGUGGAGGCGCUCAGGGAAAAAGUUUAUGCCUCCCUGGAAUCCUACACCAAACACAGAUACCCCGAGCAGCCCGGCAGGUUUGCGAAGCUGCUGCUGCGACUGCCCGCUCUCCGUUCCAUCGGCCUCAAGUGUCUGGAACAUCUUUUCUUUUUUAAGCUCAUCGGUGAUACGCCAAUAGAAACGUUUCUUAUGGAGAUGCUGGAAACCCCACACCAGAUCACAUGAUGCUACUUCUUCAUGUUUCCCACAGCUCACUUUGGCAUGUUCUUCUUUUGUACUACAGUGCAAAUAGAAAAUGAUUUUUAUUGCUGUUGUUAGGAAAUGAAGAUGAUUGUAAAUGUUGUAAAUAUGUUUAAAGGUUACACCAGUGAGAGAUCUCACAUCACUACAGCUCACUGACGAUUAAAAAAAAUGUACAAAUAAUAAAAACACACCUUAAAUGAC